GACCUGCAAUAUACAAUGUACAAACCCGUGUGGUACUUCAGAUUUUUUGGGGAGCUUGUGGGAACGGAAUAGAAAGUUGCAUAAAAUAUGUAAGUUUUUCCUUUUCCAAACUAACUUUUUGGUUGACUAUGCUUUCCCAUGGAUCCCAAACAGCUAAAAUUAAGUAGAUUCUUGUAGUAGCUUUUCAAGUUAGAAACUGAGUUUUCUAUUUUUGUUAUUGAAGUUCUCUGCUAAUAUAUUUUCUAUUUGUUAUUGAACAACUCUGAACUCCAGUCAGUUCAAUUUCCUGAUAUUUGUCAUGAUUCUGGAUCCACUUCCAAACUAAAAAGAAUCCAUUUCUCUAUGUAAGUCUGCAAUCAGUCAAAAGCCUUGUUGAUUAAUAACAGAAGUGUUAUUUGUAAGUCGUCCAACCUAAUACGUCUUGAUAAUAUGGUACACAGUUAAUACUGGACUAAAGAGCUGAUAUUAUGGGAGUUUUGAAAUUUUAGAUGUGUUCUUAAGAUCAGGAUGCUUAUUGUCCACAUUUCGCAGUUCUUGCUUAACCGUUGCAGUGUAACUAAAAUAUUGUUUUGUUAUUCUCUACUCUGCUUGUAAACUAAUUAAAUAACAAUUGUGAAACCCUUUCUGAUGAUGGUUUAGUUUCUAUGAUAAUUGAUCAUGGCAGUUGCAGAACUAUUUAUUGAAGAGAGGAAUCAUCCGCUAUUCUAGCCGCUCACUAGCUUUUGAAAUUAUACAGCUCAUGAGAGGCUGAGUUAUGCUGUGGAACUGCAAUGUUGGUGGGUCAUCCUCAUAAUAAUUUUCCUCCAUAUCAUGGCCUUGCGACCUCUCCGCCUCUCCUCCAGACGAACUCCUCCUAAGUUUCUUUUUAUUGGACUCUUAAUUCUUGUGCCAAUUUGUGUAAUUGGGAGUUUCAUCUACGAAAACGUUUCUAUGGACCACCUCUGCCGCCUCCAUGGCUGGUCCUUACGUUCGGUUCCCCGUCGUGUCUUUGAUGCCAUCAUAUUCAGCAAUGAGCUGGACCUGCUUGAGAUUAGGUGGCGUGAACUCCAUCCGUAUGUUACAAAAUUUGUCAUCCUCGAAGCCAACACCACCUUCACUGGCAUUCCAAAGCCUUUAUUCUUUGCUGCAAAUCGAGAUCGAUUUUCCUUUGCAGAGGGGAAAAUUGUUCACAGUGUGUUUCCUGGCCGGAUUGCAUCGUAUGGCUCACAUGAAGACCCAUUUGUACUUGAGUCACAGCAGCGGGGGGCUAUGAACGGAUUGAUUCGCCGUGCAGGUAUCUCCAGUGGCGACCUCCUCAUUAUGUCAGACACCGAUGAGAUCCCUAGCUCCCACACUGUGAAACUACUUCAGUGGUGUGAUGAGGUGCCUCAAGUGCUGCAUCUUGAGUUGAGACACUAUAUGUACUCCUUCGAGUUCCCUGUGGACUACAGCAGCUGGCGCGCCACGGUCCACAUUUACAGCCCGCGGACUCAAUACCGGCACUCACGCCAAACUGAUCUUAUACUUUCUGAUGCGGGAUGGCACUGUAGCUUUUGCUUUCGGCAUCUACGAGAGUUUGUAUUCAAAAUGACUGCCUACAGUCAUGCAGAUCGUGUGAAGCAUAAAGAUUUUUUGAAGUAUUCUAGAAUUCAGAAACUCAUCUGUCGUGGAGAUGAUCUUUUCGAUAUGCUACCUGAGGAAUAUACUUUCCAGGAAUUGAUUAAGAAGAUGGGACCAAUAACUCGUUCGGCUUCUGCAGUUCAUCUUCCUGCUUGCUUGAUAGAAAAUGCAGAGAAGUUCCAAUUUCUUCUUCCUGGGGGUUGUGUACGCUCAUAAGAAUGAAAUUUUCUUGACAAGCUGUGCCACACAUCAGAUAAGUGGAAGUUGUUUAGAACUUUAGAUAGAAAGUAUCUCACGAAAUUGUUUUACAUUUACUUAAAAAAAUACUGUUUUAGGUUGCUCUUAUUGUCCUUUCAUUCCUUUCGUGCAGUGACGCUUGUGGUUCUCUGAAGAUGUGAGGAAUUUCAAUUUUGUGUUUUUUUCUGUAUGAUAGUCUUCUUUUAGAUUAUUGUGAUUUAAUUUUUGAUUUGCUAGGUUAUCUUCUUGAACAGAGAAAGGACCAUGUUUUGUCUCAAUCAAGAGUAGCCACUGGCUAUGUAUUACUCCGAGUAAUUGUGUUAUUUAACGAAAUGCAUAAGCUGUCUUCAAGUGGUCUUCAUAUAUCUCAGCAGUUUGAUUGCAUGGUACUAGUCAGCUUUGUGGUGGACACUACCCUCCAGGCACGUUUGUUAAAUUUUUUGUUUUUCCUCAUCUCGUGCAAUAUCAACGACACUCUGAUCUUUGAAAAAAAAUUACUGUUCACAUUGACCAUCCUAUAUAGCUAGUCUCGCACGUUUUCUUUGUACAUCAGUGUAAA